CCAAAUACGCUAUGGCCAAUAGUGGCAGCAUUCUUUGAAUAAAACAAAGGAGGGGCUCAGAGGUAAAGUUCAUAUUUGGCUAAUAAAUGUCAGGAACUACUGUGUGCGUGAUUUGAGUCUGUGGGACAUUUGGAGUUGGGAACUUGGGAUUACCUCUGUGAGAAGCACGGUAGUCAUGGAUUCUCAGAAGAGAAAAAUGGUGAUGGGUCUCUUUGUUUUGGCUCUGACAACAGUGAUUGUAUCAAAUGUUAAAGCUUGGACCGGUGAGAUCCAUGGAAGAGUUGUCUGUGAUGUCUGUGGUGACUCCUCUAUCGGACCUGAAGAUCACGUUCUUGAAGGUGCUGAGGUUGCUGUUCUUUGCAUAACAAAAUCUGGGGAAGUUCUAAAUUAUCAAGCAUUUACAAAUGCUAAGGGGAUGUAUACAGUGGCCGAGACAAUGCCUGAGAGUGACCGCUGGGAUGCAUGUCUGGCACGGCCUAUAAGAAGUUUCCAUGAACACUGCACCCAUCUAGGAGGAGGUAGUGCUGGAGUCAAGUUCACGUAUAAUCAUCCAUCAGGUUAUUUUCACACUGUCAAACCUUUUGUUUAUCGACAUGGCAGUGUACCAACUUACUGCAUGUGAGAUUUCGAGUCUCAGUGUGUAUAUUUAGUUUAGAGAUUUAUAUAUAUAAGAAAUCAGAACCAAUGAUGACAGCACUGUGAUAUUUAUACUUUCCAUAUACUGAUAUUAAUGUUUGUACAUGUUAUUGGAUGAGA